CGAGCGGACAACAAGCUUCAUGCUGCUCCGGUUUGCUCGGAUCAGGCAGCGGUAGCACUAACGAAACUACAUAAAUAAGGUUUUAUGGGAUCGAAACGCAAUAAAAAUAAUAUAUAAAAGAAAAUAAGGAUGAAGGAGUCGGAUUGGGUAAAGCGAAUACGAAUUAGUAAAUUAGUAGCAACAUCAAUCAAUGUGGAGAAAAAAACUUUACUUUUAGUCCUAAAUUGCUGAUACGAGCUUAGAGUUGGAAAAUAAAUAAAAAGUGAACCUUAAGUAGUGAUGGAAUAUUUUCAUCCGUUUAUAAUUAUUUGUAAACCAGAUAACAUUUGAAUUGAUUACUAUUAAAUAUUUAUAGAACAUGGAUUUAGUAUGCAUAUUAAGUUAUUAAAGUAUUUCCAUAUACAUUUAUUUCUUAAACAUUCAUAACGUUAUAAGUUAUAACGUUAUUUGUAAAAGUUUUGUGCUGGCAACAUCGCUAACUGCGCAAUGCGCAUGUCAAUGUCAUGUCAUCCCGUCAAGCCGUCAAUUUGACAAUUUCAUUUAGCGUCGGUCUCAACAACAAUGGAGUUCGGUCGAUUUUAGUGCCGAUUUAUUAAUUACUACCUAAAUAUCGUCUUUUUCAUUGCUAAACCGUAAAAUGGCGGGGACAAUAAUCGAGAACUUAAGCGGAAGAAAGCUUACUGUGUUAGUGACAUUUCUUUUAUUGUGUCAAAUAAUAUGUUUUCUGAUCGGUGGAUUGGUCGCACCCGUGCCUGCAAAUGCACAAAACAUCCUCGGAACUGUAUGCAAAGAUACGUCUGUUAUGAAGAAUGAUACAACAAAGUGGUUCUACAAUCGCGGUGCAGGUAAAUGCGAGAAGGUCGACCUUGACGUUGUUCAUCACGACGUUUCCGAACGCGAUAUCGUUUUUGCAUUUCAAAUGCCGGUGCCUCGAGAGUCGGAGACUUACGACUAUUCCAGAUGGCAACAGAACUUAAUAGGCGUUUUGCAAGUGGACAUUAGCUACCACUCUCAAAUGGAGGUGACGCCGCGCAGUGCCAUAACAAUAGAUGCGCGGUUGGCUUACCGAAACAAAGGCGAUCCGGACGAUGCUUGGAAAUUAUACACACAGUCGUUGGAAAGGAGGGUUUUAGACUGUGAUAUUGAUAUCAAAUCUGAGAAAUACUUGUAUGACUGCUCGCCUGUACCAUUGUUUGAACUCGGGUCAUUGUACCAUGAUUAUUAUUUGUUAAAUUUACGGUUACCUGUUGACACACCCGACAUGAAUGCACAUAUUGGCCACAUAAAAGAUAUGUGGGUUACGGUUAUCAACCAAAAUGGAGGUUUUACUAAAGUGUGGCUGUCUUUAAAAACAGUAUUCUUCCCAUGUAUCAUUGCAAUACUCAUUUGGUUCUGGCGUAGAAUUCAUAUUUUAGAAAGAAAACCUGUUCUACUGGAAAAGAUGCUGUUGAGCCUUGGGAUAGCAUUGUGCUUUCUAAAUGCACCUAUAGAAUAUCUGACAUUACAAUUUGACUUGCCAUUUAUGUUAUUAUUGGGAGACAUUAGACAAGGAGUAUUUUAUGCAAUGCUGUUUUCAUUCUGGCUUGUGUUUGCUGGGGAGCACAUGGUCAUUCAGGAUGUAUCAGCCCAGAGCUCUCUCAAACAAUAUUGGCGUCACUUGAGUGCUGUAGCCAUGGGUUGUAUCUCACUGUUCAUAUUUGACAUGUGCGAGAGAGGCGUUCAGUUGCGUAACCCAUUCUACUCUAUCUGGGUGACAGAUUUAGGCACCAAUUUAGCUUUGACAUUCAUAAUACUGGCUGGUAUCUCAACUGGAGUUUACUUUUUGUUCCUGUGCUACAUGAUCUGGCAAGUUUUCUUGAAUAUAUCUCACAAGCGCCAGAGUUUACCAACCAUGAGCUCAGUCCGCCGCUUGCACUAUGAAGGGAUCAUUUACAGAUUCAUGUUUAUGAUGUUAGCCACAUUGCUAUGUGCAGCCUUAACUGUGAUUGGCUUUAUUUUGGGACAAGUGGCUGAAGGCCAGUGGAAAUGGGAUGAAAAUAUAGAACUUGAGUAUACUUCUGCAUUCUUCACUGGAGUAUAUGGAAUGUGGAACAUAUAUAUCUUUUCCUUAUUAGUACUAUAUGCACCAAGUCACAAGCGUUGGCCAGAUAACGAAAAUACUUCUGAUACCCAGAAUUUGAGCGAGGAACAUGAAUUUAGUCCAUUGCCAACAGAAACAAGUGAAAUUUCAUCUCUUACUUCCUUCAUUCGGAAGACUACUGUUGACUAAUUACAGAAUUGUUCAUGACUUGUGCUUAGUUAUAAUCUGAAUCUCAAUAAAAUUAAUUUUUUCUCUUUUCUACCAGAAAGUAGGCUUUCUGGUUUUUAUAUGUAGAUUAAAGACCUUGUAGUCAAAGGCAUAGCUUUAGUGUUAAGUUUAAAAACAGUAUUAUUCAUACAAUAUUUGUAAUCAAAUAUUUGCCAUUUGAAUUCCAUGUUAAGGAAUCUUAUCUUGUGCUUGUAGUGUAGGUAUAACCUGAAUUAGUAUUUACUAACAUUAGUUAUUAUAUUCUAGGUAUUUGAUUAAGUACAAUAUUAAAAAUAAUUGUUAGUAUUGUAGUUAAAGCUUUUGUCUAAAAGAUAACAUGGUAUGCAUGACAUUUCCAUUCAAGACAAUAUGAGUCAGCACAAGUUUUUAAAAUCUCAGAUAUACUUUUGAGUCAUAAAAUUCACAAAAUAAGUUGAUGAGACACACUUGAAAUCUUUGUAUGGUUCCUGCAUAAUGUUUUUUAAAAUUAAUUUAUAUUACCUAUAUCUUGCCAUCUGAAAUAACUUAAUUUUUCUGUGAUAAUGUUUUCAAUAGUUUUUCUACUUUUGGAUUGUACUUUUAUAAUUUUUACAAUGUUGCCAGCUUUUUGUAUUGUUUUUUUUGUACUAAAAAUAAUUAAUUAUAUGACUUACAUUUGUACUGUAUUUAGAAUAAAACUUUUAAAAAUA